CACGGAAACCUGUCACUAUUCCAACAUCAAAGGCCCUUAAUGAUAAGUUCUGUGGCAAGGUGCCUGGAGAUGCGACACGACUCCUGAGAUACUUCUUGGCCACCUGGUCCUCGGUACGAGUGUGGUCCAGUCUGACAGCCGAAGCACGGCGUACAUAACAAAGCAACACCACGCACUUCACAGCGAGGCACUGUGUACGAUUGUAUCGAGACCAUUGAACCGGCACGAUACGGUAUGAGCUCCGAAGGGCUCGAUAAGAGUCGACUGAGGGAAUUGAUUCGCAACCCAUCAGACUCGGAAAUAGGAACCGAGGUCGAUUCCUUACAGCAAUUGAUCGAACAUCGUCAAACACCGUGGCAACGUGGUGAAAGUCUUUGAUCGACUCGCCACAUGCAGAAAGGGUCUAUCAAGCUGUUCGCUUCAACGUCUCAUGGCGUGCUGCGAAAGCCGCAUAACGCAAUCGUGCUUCCCCACCACGUGAGCACGCGAUUUCCCUUCAUAUAGGUAUGUCAGCGAAUAAAAUGGCCUCAUGCUCAACUAUCAGAGAAUUUCACCUUGCUAGUCAUUACACAAAGGCAUGUGGUACGGCGGUACUCCGUAAGUAUCAGCGCUACGAUUGAGGAUUCCACAUGUCGCCUUUUUGGAGGCGCGACUUCUGCAUGGUGGACGCCAUGGUAUAUCGUGGUAUAAGUACCUCGAAGAUGCACCCGGUAGGAAUAUGUCUUCCCAACUCACUCUUUCGGUGGUAUUUCUCCUGUAAUCCCCAAGAUGGCUGUGCAACUUCUCACCCAGGCCGACGGCUAUGGCGUUAUCAUUGGCCUUUCGGUGCUGUUCUGCCUCAUUAUCAUGGCGGCUGUUCGCAUACAGAAGAGGUACCUGGCGGAGGACAGCGAUCAUUCCGAGAUGUUCAUGGUCGCAAAUCGUUCUGUUGGGACUGGAUUGACGGCUUCAGCGGUCUUCUCGAGUUGGAUGUGGAUCAAUGAAAGUGUCUUCUCAGCCGCCUACACGUACAAGUGGGGUAUUGCUCUACCAAUCUGGUGGGCAAGUGGGCUAUCCUUCCAGAUUGCGCUCAUGGCAGUGCUCGGUAUCGUGGCAAAGCUCCGCGUACCGUACGCGCAUACCUCGCUUGAGAUCAUCAAAUUGCGAUACGGGAAAUAUGCGCACUGGCUGUUCAUCCUCCUAAACUUGGUCAACAACAUUUUUGGCUGCGGCAGCAUGAUCCUCGCAGGUUCUCAGCUGGUGACUGGGAUGACUGGCAUGCAUGUUAUCGCUGCAUGUAUCCUCAUUCCUGCUGGAGUCGUCACAUAUACCGCAGUUGGCGGCCUUAAAGCGACCUUCUUGACCGAUUUCUUGCAUACCACCAUUGCUCUGAUCCUUCUAAUCUACUUCUCUCUGGCGGUCUUGACCAAUGAGCACAUUGGCGGUCUCUCGGGCUUGUACGAGAAAGUAAAAGCCACGAAUGUUUAUAUUCCUGGCAACUACGAAGGCUCACUUUUGACCAUGAAAUCCAGGAGCUCGCUCCUGUUCGGCCUCGUGCUGAAGUUCGGCAACCUUGCACUUGUGCUCAUGGAUACGGCCUUCUGGCAGAAAUCAUUCGCUUCGGAAGUGCAAUCGGUCGUUCCAGCAUACGACCUUGUAUCUGUCGUCAUCCUUGCCAUCCCCUGGUGCACCGGUACCAUCAUCGGUUUGAGCGCCCGGGCAAUCGAAAAGACUCCUGUCUGGUUCGACUAUCCCAAUACUCUCACAACGACUCAGGUGAAUUCCGGUCUCGUGAUGCCAUACGUGCUCAGGUCUCUGCUUGGCCCUGGUGCCACUGCCGGUCUACUUGUACUCAUCUUCAUGGCCAUCACGAGUACAGUUAGUUCGUCUAUGAUAGCUGUCAGCAGUAUCAUCUCUCUCGACUUUUUUCGCACCUACGUCGACCCUCGUGCGUCGGACCGCAAGACCCUCCAGGUGAGCCAUUGGGGAGUUGUCUUCCACGGCUGCUUUAUGGCUGGCUUUGCUAUCAUGCUCGAGUACGCUGGGGCAACAAACAACUGGUCCACCUACUUCCGGCCCAUCGUUGCAUGUCCUGGCAUCCUUCCCAUGAUCUUAACGCUCCUCUGGUCUAGACAAACAAAGUUGGCGGCCAUCCUCAGUCCCAUCCUUGGGCUUAUGUCGGGCAUGGCAAUUUGGCUUUCCCUAUCAUGGGUGUGGUCAGGUGCAAUCAACAUUCAAACUACUCAGGCUCAGUUGCCGGGCCUUUACGGCGCCAUCACCUCUUUUUUCAGUCCCGCGCUCUACUCUGUCAUCAUCUCCUUGGUCUGGCCGAGCCAAUUUGACUGGCGCGAGUUCCUCAGAAUCGACCUUAUCGAGGACGAAAGCCAACCGAACAGCUCUUUGCAGUCCAAACUACCCAGCAGCGAAGCCGUAAAUGCGACGCUCGAGCCGGACAACAUCCCCGAAAAAGGAGCCUUCUUCACCAGUGGAGCGGAGAGUGGCCCAACACCAAGUCCACCACCUACCCAACACAAUGCUCGAGUCUCGCUCGACGAAGUGGUUCACCCUUUCGACGAGCACACACUCCGACAUAUCAAAAAGUGGUUCAAAAUCGCCAGCAUCUACUUUGUCAUCAACGUCCUGGUCACCAUCGUCCUUUGGCCUCUGCCUCUAUACCGAGACUGGAUCUUCACGAAGAGCUUUUUCGGCGGCUGGGUCAGCAUGGCCAUCAUCUGGCAUUUCGGUGCCAUUUUCGCCGUCGUCGUGUAUCCUCUUUAUGACGGGCGGCAUGAUAUUGCUCGAGCGGUUCGUGGAGUAGUGAGGGACUUGAAGUCGAAGAGAUGAAAUAGUACCGUUAGUGGUAACAUUUACCGUAUUCACAAGAUAAGACCGAAACGCUUGUAGACCUGUUGAGAAGUUCCCGUAUCACAAGACUUUUAUAUACGUACUGACUACUGAGUGC